GCAGCUGGCGCGGCCCUCACCAGACUUCCGUUCGGGGAGGUGCCAGGGGACACUUUGAAGGCUCAUCUCAGAAGUCGCCUGAUGGCUUUGAAGCAGGCGGACUGCGGCGCCCGGCCGCUGUCCUGCGGCAGUAAUUUGCUGCACAUCAUCGCCCUUGCGGCGCGAGAGGUGGAGCCCGAUGCCCUCCGCGAGCUGGGGGG